AUGUACAUCAGCCCACCUGGCACCCGAUGUGACAUGCGCGCGCACCCGCGGCGGCCCCGCCCCCCGCCCCCNCGGCUGCCGGUGGUGGUGGUGGUGCUGGGCGCGACGGGCACCGGCAAGUCGCGGCUGGCGCUGCAGCUCGGGCUGCGCUUCGGCGGCGAGAUCGUCAGCGCCGACUCCAUGCAGGUAUAUCAGGGCUUGGACAUCAUCACCAACAAAGUUUCUGCCCAGGAGCAGAAGCUGUGCAAGCAUCACAUGAUCGGCUUUGUGGAUCCCUUGGUCACCAAUUACACAGUGCUGGACUUCCAGAAGAAGGCCACCACCGUCAUUGAUGAGAUUCUUGCCUCCCAGAAGAUCCCAAUUGUGGUUGGUGGAACAAAUUAUUACAUUGAAUCUUUACUCUGGAAGAUUUUGUUUGACACCAAGGCCAGGGGUCCAACAGUGACAACAGAAGAGUGGAAAGCUGGGCUGGAGGAUCUGGAGAGUCAGGAGCUACACCGUCGGCUGAGUCUGGUGGACCCUAACAUGGCAACCAGAUUGCACCCCCAUAAUAAGCGCAAAAUAAUCAGGAGCUUGCAGCUGUUCGAACAAACUGGCAUCCCCCACAGUGAGUUGCUACGACGACAGCAUGAGGAAAAAGGGGGAGGACCCUUGGGGGGUCCUCUGAAGUAUCCCAAUUCUUGCAUCUUCUGGCUUCAUGCAGAACAGGCAGUUCUGGAGGUGCGACUGGACCAGCGGGUGGAUGUAAUGAUGGAGGCCGGGCUGCUGGAGGAGCUGCAGAAUUUUCACCAGCAAUACAACCAGGAGAAAGUGGCUGAGAACAGCCAGGAUUAUCAGCAGGGCAUUUUCCAGUCUAUCGGCUUCAAGGAAUUCCACCAGUUCCUGAUUUCCAAGGACAAGAGUCCAGAGGAGGACAGGCACCAGUUGCUGGACCAAGCCCUUCAGGCCUUCAAGACAGUGACCAAGCGGUAUGCUCGGAAGCAGAACAAGUGGGUCCAGAACCGAUUCCUGAGACGUCCUGGAUCAAAUGUGCCCCCUGUCUAUGGCUUGGACGUCUCCGAUCUCUCUCAGUGGGACAAAAGUGUGUUGGAACCAGCCAUUCAGGUUGUGGAGAGCUUCUUGAAGGGCCAGAAGCCUCCGAUGGAGCCCCUCAAGCUGGAGCCGAUGCCAGCGAAGGACAAGCAGAGUUGUCGGUUGUGUGAGCUGUGCAGCCGAGUCAUCAUCGGGGACAGAGAAUGGAGAGCUCACCUGAAGUCCCGCUGCCACCUGUCCCACCUAAAGAAGUCCCGGCGCUCAGCCUUGGCCUCCCUUUCUGACAAGGGCUGCGGCGGCAGCAGCAACUCAGAAACCCCUGCAGGGAAGACAGACCGACGGAUGGAUGGAGGCCGCAUACUAUGGUCCUGCUCCUCAUGGAGACGCUACGGCAGAGAAAAAGGAACAAGGAGGUAUUUCAGUCAAGACCCUAUAUCUCACUACCUGAAGCUGGGCAAAAACUGA